AUGUCACCCGCACCUACAGGACCCAUUGAAAAAGCAGCACAGGCACUUCAGGCUGGUGCUAAUAUUUCGUUACAAGAUAAAAUAGCUUCUUUGAGAUCCCUGUCUGUUUCACUCGGAGAGAAUGUAUCAAUUUCACAAGCUACCCAAGUAUUCCAAGUACUUCCUCUUGCAGAUCUAUAUGGAGCAUUUAGUGUUGAGGAUGAUGAAUUGACAGACGCUGCAUGUGCAUUGAUCUCUAAACUAUUGGGUCCAUUCUCAUACGACAUGGUAGUAGCAACUAAUGAGGAAUUUUUAUUACAAGGAUUGAGUCACUUUACACCUGCUAUUCGUUGUCUUUCAUUAGAACAAGUCGAAAAAUGUGUAGUGUCCAACUCAUCUGUAAUAUCCAUGGUCAACUCCCAAGUAUUCCCUCUUGUUUUGACAACAUUAGCUUUCCAAGAUAUCAGAACAGCCUCAAAAGCUUCUGGUGUUCUUCAAAAGGUUGCCCUCACAGAACCUGGGUUGGAAGCAUUUACAAGUGGGAUUUCUCCUAUGAUGCUUCAACAGUUGGUUUACAUAGAUGGAACAGUGUCUUUCAGGAUCUAUGAGCUUGUAGUUGACGUAGCUUCGUCAUCAGAAAAUGCUUUCAAAAAAUGUGAAUCAUCCGGCCUCCUCAGUAUCAUUCAUACACAAAUUAGCUCUAACGAUCUACUAUUAAGAAUCAAUGCAAUCGAGAUCCUGCACAAGCUUGCUCUCAAAUCUGGCAUCGAGUUUUUGGAGAAAAAUAAUAUCUUACAAGAGUUAUCUGUUUUAUUGUCCCAAGAAUAUGAUACAGAUGUAGUGCUUGUCCUGACAAAAUGUGCUAUCAUAAAGUUCUUUGCGAAUUUGAGCGAAAGUAGAGAUGUGGAAUUCGGAGUGAUUGAACAGAAACACGGCAUCUUCGAGCGUCUAAGCAAAUGCCUAUACAGCACCAACAACGAAACCACAGCUGCUUCAUGUGUCGGCAUUAUCGGGUCCAGUGUCACCGGUCUUGGUCUUAUUCUAUCCAGCUCUCUUUUGGGUGUCUUUAUAGAAGGUUACCAUUCAUCUGGAGGAGAAACUAAAACAGUCUUUCUCAGAAGCUUAUCUAAGAUCCUCGGUAUUCAAGAUGAGUCGAAUCCAGUAGUAGAGACCAUGACAGAAAAUGUGUACAACCUCGUCAAUGGACGAUCGACCACACUUGACGAGCUGAUCAAAAUGGCAAAGCAACCUAUGGAGGACAGUAGAAUUGCAGUGUUUUCCGUCAUGCAAUCAAUCUCAUCACACUCAUGGGGACAAAAGUUGUUGUCUCAAUCUACCGAAUUUAUUGAGUUUAUUUUGAACCGGGCAGCAGAGACUACACAAUCUGGACAGACGUGGAAGUAUGGAAUCGUAAAGAACCUUGUGGCAUCACCAGACUCUGCCUCAAAUUUGGGUCAAAACUAUACCUUGUUACAGCAAUAUAUACGACAAGGACCAUUCUACCAACCAUCAGAGACUGCUGUGGCAGUAGGGAAUAUUUAA